UGGUCUGUCCGUGUAUUAAUGUCCAUUUGUAGUGUAAGUAUGGCAGUUGCAGGGUUAAUUAAAUUAGCUACUUCAGUAGCUAUUUGCUUGUUAUUUGAGACAUUUGAGGAAAAUAUUGUGAGAAUGAGGAGUAAAUGAGACUUGUGUGAGAUCUCCAGAGUAAGUGAUGGCCAUCUUGGAUUUCUGUGCUUGUACAUUUAUUUCCUUAUCCUAUUGCUCUUAUAUGUGUGUUUUUAAAUUAAGCUAUCACUUACUGACCACUGUUUAGGUAUAUAGGGGGUUAAUGUGGUCUAGGUGGGUGUAUCCUCUGAUGGGGUUAAUUGGAUAAAUACUGGUGGGUGUUUGGAUUGUAAAUUCAGCUUCUGAUGAAGUGGCAUGCUGGCCACGAAACGCGUUAGGCUGUAAGGAUAUGGACGCUAUUCUCCUAUGUUUUUAACGCAAUACAAAUAAAUAUGUGUCCGGCGUUCCGCUUCCAUUACUGUUUGUUCUAUUGGAAUUCUGCCCUGUCGGGGGUGUUGGGAAGCGUGGUAGCUCCGCACAGUUCAAUACAGCCUGCUAUCCUGAGCCAGUAGUACAUGACACAACACCAUGGCACAAUUCUCCUUUCGUCAGUGGCUACAGAAGACGCGUGAAUCCCGGAUACUGAUUCUUAUUGUGGUGACGGUGGCUCUGUUUGUGGACUGCAUAAUUAACACCGUUAUUGCCCCAAUCCUUCCAACUUUACUUAUUGGAAAAAACACAUCCAACUCCUCUGUUGUAUCGAACUAUACCUCCACUUUGCUCCCUGAUAACUCAAGUAAAGGGAUUUACCAAUUACAGAAUGCCAAUGGGACACAGGAUGGUGAAUGCUACACUAAGGGGAAAGAAAAUUCAGAUGGACAGGAAUUUUGGAUAGGUCUACUCCUUGCAUUUAAGGGCAUGCUGCAAAUGGUGGCAAACCCCAUAGUGGGAGUACUGACCAACAGGUUUGGAUACGAUGCGCCAUUGCUGGUUGGAUUUGCGGUUGUGUUCUUCUCGACUUUGAUGUAUGCUUUUGGCGAACAGUACGUUUUUCUUUGUGUGGCCAGGGGCUUGCAGGGUAUUGGAUCAUCCUUAACGAUUAUACCAGGUUUGGCUUUGUUGGCAAAUACUUUCCCAGAUGAUGAAGAAAGAGCAAAAGCCAUGGCAAUUUCUACCAGUGGAUUGACAGUUGGGAUCCUACUUGGUGCUCCCUUUGGAUCUCUUAUGAAUGGGUCUUUUGGGAAGUCCUCUCCAUUCUAUGUUUUAGCCGCUGUGACUCUGCUGGAUGGAGCCCUCCGGCUGUGUAUACUUAGGCCAUCAAAGUUUUCCCCAGGAAGCAUUCCUGCAACACCAUAUCUGACUCUACUUGCGGAUCCUUAUAUUUUGGUGACCGUUGUGGGUUACUUCCUCACUAAAUUACAUUCUAGUUUACUGCAAGCGAUUGUACCUAUAAGAAUGAUGGAACACAUGUGUGCCCCCAGCUAUCAGCUUGGUCUGGCGUUCGUUCCAGCUAUGCUCACAACCAUUUUGACUCUCAAUGGUUUUGCGAUUCUGUCCUUAAAAUGGGGGAGGUGGCUAUGCCUUAUGCUUGGAUUUAUUAUUCAAGGAAUCGGGAUUAUAUGUUUUCCUUUAGCUGCCAAUAUCUUUGGACUCAUUGGACCUUCCAUUGUGCUUGGAAUCGGUACUGCCUUAGUGGGAGCAUCAAUAAUGCCAUUGAUGGCGUAUCUGAUUGAUCUACGUCACACAUCAGUCUAUGGUGGGAUAUAUGCCAUAACAGAUGCAGCUUUCUGUCUUGGAUUUGCUAUAGGCCCAUUAUUUGGCGGAGCCAUUGCAAGUGCCAUCGGAUUCACCUGGGUAAUGGUCAUAUUAUGCGUGUUACUAAUUAUUUAUGCCCCUCUCUUCAUCCUGCUACGUAAUGUCAGUGGAAAAGAUGAGAAAAAGCCUAUUUUAAACCAGGAAAACACGCCUGAGGAAGCCAAGUCUGAUGACCAAUAGUCUCACAACUUAUUGAACGUGGUUCACACUCUACCUCUGAAGGCACAUCACUCUGGCCAGCAACACCCACCGAGCAUUUGCAUUUGGUUACCUACAGUAUUAUCCAUGAAUACAUAACCAUAAAACUAUUGUACGUGUAUUUGGUACAACAUAGGGAUAACCAUCCUAAAGGCUAUUCUCGCUAUUCUUAAUGUAUAUUGCAAAAAUAUGUUUACUUUUAAAAAAGCUUACGUUGUGUUUGGGUGGAGUUCCCCUUUAAAAGCAAAAAAGUAGACAAUUCCGAGCUCUCUGAAUAUCGGAAGAUCUGUUUUCACAUUGGUUUCAUGAAACUACUAAUGUCUGUGUAACUUGCCGUACUUAUCAUUUACUGUAAUUCCCUAUCUAUAUAAUGGAGCCUGUUGUUGGAUACUGUGGGGUUUAUACAAAUGACCUGAAGAUGCCACUGAGUGCAAGACUUAUACUGUAUGUACAUAGUACUUUAGUGCUGUAAGUGCUAGAAUAGACUAAACAGCUACACCAUUCUCAUACUUCAGGGUUAAAAACAAUAUUGUCAUAUCUAAACAUUAAUAAAAAAAUAAAAAACAAAACAUACAUGAUAAUGACAGAAAACAACUGUAUGAGCUUUGCGGCUAGUUAAAACAAAUGUGAUAAAUGUCUCCAUGUAAAGUAAUUAUUUCUCAGAAAAGCUUCAGAGUUGUGUUUCUGCUACAAACAUUUCAAAGCUCUCUGUAAGAGAAAAUGGCUCAUUCCUGAGUUAUGUUGGUUUUUAAAAAAAUAAAUAUAACAGGUUACCAACUAAAA